CAAUAAAUUUGUAAAAUCAUUUGCGAAUGAAAUGUUGGUCACACUGUCAUUUUUCGCGGCAACGCGAUAAUAAGACGCUAAAGCGCCAGAAAGCCCGCCGCAUCAUUCGUAGUUGCAUCUUUGCUCAAUUUGUAUCUAUUCUCUAAUAUUAAAACAGAAUGAGCAAAGGGAAGGAAUCAUCCCCUGGAGAAAGCGCAGGAGGAGAGGAAUUCAGCGUUGAAAAAGUUUUAGAUAGGAGAGUGGUUAAAGGAAAAGUUGAAUAUUUUCUAAAAUGGAAAGGAUAUUCCAAUGAAGAAAAUACAUGGGAACCAGAAGAAAAUCUUGAUUGUCCAGAUCUAAUUGCACAAUUUGAAGAACAACGCAAAAAGAAAGAAGCAGCUGCCACUGGUAAACGGCAUGAAGAUAAAGAACAAAAGAAACGAAAAAGUUCAUCAGGUGGUCCUGUACUUACUCAUACUAAGAAAAAAAUGACUGAAGAUAAGAAACCUGAAGGUUUUGACAGAAAUUUGGAACCUGAACGAAUUAUUGGUGCAACAGAUUCAAGUGGAGAAUUGAUGUUUUUAAUGAAAUGGAAAGGAACAGAUGAUGCAGAUUUAGUUCCUGCUCGAAUUGCCAAUGAGAAAUGUCCGCAAAUUGUGAUAAAGUUUUAUGAAGAACGAUUGACAUGGCAUAGCCCUGCUCAUGACGAAGAAAGUUCAGUAAAAGCUGAUGCAGAGUAGCGUUCAGCCUUCCGAUAUACAUAUACAGCACGCUUUAGAAUAUGUCGUAUAUAAAAAAUAGCGUGUACAAAAUGAAAAAUAUGAAGAUUUAUUGAUCAUUGCACAGUCAUACUAUAAAUUUUAAAGUUUUUUUUACGAUUAUUGAUAACUUAAAAAUUAAGAGAUAGGCCAUCCUUAUUAUGUUAUUGUUAGUCCAAAUAUAAUUACUCUUACACUUAAAAACAGGAAAUAUACUUCCAUAAAAUCUAUACUCGCAACUUCUUUUGCAACUGUUACAUUUUUGUAUAAGGAUCAAUAAAAAGUUUAUUUUUCAUUGUUAAUUUAAAUGUAAAGUUUAGUAUGUCCAAUGUAAAUUAGAACAGUAUGUAUUUCGAAUGUAACGUGUUUUUUUAUGUAAUUUUUCCUCUGAUUGCUUAAUUUGCAAUUAACUUUUAAGUAGAUGAGCGUGAUUAUACGAUAGUUGCGGUUGUUGCUAAAGAAGUUGAAAGCUUGAUUAUUUUUAUUCAAAUACAACGUGACAGUGUACAGUAAGUACAGAAAUAUGAAUGAAAAUAAUCUUUUAAUUUGUAAAAACCUUUUUGAUGAUAAAAAUACUUUUACAUAAGAUAAUAGCGUUAUUAUAGUGGAAGUAUCGAAUAUUUCUGUCAAAAAAAAAA